CUUGUAACUGUUGAUCAACGUAAAGAGAAAGCUUACCGGCAAAAUGAAAUGUGUGAAGUCUGAAAAUGUGUAGUAAGGCUUUCAAAGCAAGAGCAUACUACAACUGUGAUUUAAAGCGACAAUGAGGCGAGGUAAACGUCGUAAUGGACUUCUCACCAGCACGAAAUGUUUGCUACUGGGUCUCCUGGUGGUAGUUACCAUCAUCAUUUUCCACCUGACAAAACUUAAUAGUGAGACUGACCGGGGUGACUCCAACGGCAUCUCUGUCAUUGACGCGUAUGGAUCCACACAUGGCAUCAUGUCCAAGUUUUUCUCUGGUAACCACAAAUAUGGUAAGGUAGGCUUUGUUCAUGAUGAAAAAUCAUCUCAUAGAAUGAAUGGAAUUGUAUCAAAACUCACCAGAAACCAACAAGAAAAUCUUGAUAAAACUAAGGAAGAACAGUCCAGUGCUUUAGUUAGUAGGAAUACAUCGAAGAAGAUUGGUUUUAAUGUAGCAAUAAAUCGUGCACCUCCAACGCAUUAUAUAACAAUUGAUUUCAAAGGAAGGCUGGGUAAUCUGCUUUUCCAGUAUGCAUCCUUAUUUGGUAUUGCUGAUAAAAACAACUUAAUUCCAGUGAUUUCUGGAAAUAAUGAGCUGCGGAGAAUUUUCAAAAUAACUGCACAAUCCACAGAGAGGAAUCCAGUCCAUUAUGGGAAAAAAUUUGGUGAGAAACUUGGAUGUGCAUUUGAACCUACAGCAAUGAAACUUGGAUCAAAAACAAAUACAAAGCUAGAUGGCUACUUUCAAAGCUUCAAAUACUUUCAAGAUUGCGAGGCAUCACUGCGCAAUGAAUUCAAAUUCAAAGAUGACGUGCAGAAGAAGGCUGCCUCUGUAUUUUCUGACCUUGUCGCUGAGAAAACGAACAACAGAAAUGGUCCUGUGACAUAUAUCGCUGUCCAUGUGCGCAGGGGAGACUUAAUACACAAUAAGCACAUCAGUAACUAUGGAUACGUGUCUCCAGGUGCUGACUAUCUACAAAAGGGUAUGAGUAUGUUCAGGGCUAACCACACUAACUGUGUAUUUGUGGUAGCCUCAGAUGACUUGUCAUGGUGUAAAGAAAACAUGAAGGGAAAUGAUUUGGUUUUUGUGGCUCCUGGGAACUCUCGAGAGCUGGACUUCGCCGUGAUGUCACAGUGUAACCAUAUGCUGAUGACUGUUGGUAGCUUUGGUUGGUGGACAGCAUGGAUGAUCAAUGGGAAGACCAUUUACUAUACAGGCUACCCCCGUCCUGGCUCUGAGCUUGCUAAACAAAUAGUACUGGAGGACUACAGACCCCCACAUUGGAUUGGUUUGCCUUGAUGUAUCUUAAUUUUGUUUUGCCAGCUUGAUAACCAGCCACCUAACUGUCUGUGGUGUAUGUCACAGGAGCCUGAUAAGCUUAAUUAUAAAUGCAAUGUACAGGAACUAAAGUAAGCAUCAUUAUUUCAUCAGACUAGUCCUUGUGUUCUCAUAUUUCUGGAAAUCCAGUCAAUUCAUACAAUAUGAAAUCCUAUCAUUCGGGGAGGGGAGGUGGUCUAAAUUGAUGAGUACGUCUGCAACAAGCCUAGAAGUCCAACACGAUCUUAGGUAGAGGAGGGCCUAUGCAUUGUUGGUGUUGUAGCUAUAUGUAAUAGCAUUAUAUUAGAUGUGUCAUGAAAUCUCUUUACAUCUUUUUUAUGGAAUGAUUGUGAAAAUAUUUUCAUAUGAUUAUUUGUUGAUGUGUACUUGUGUGCAUAUUUACCUGUAUACAUUUUUAUACAGUAUUACUUACCCAAAGCAUUGUUUGGUAUUCUGCCAGUUUCCUUGUGAUAUUUACUCCUAUAAAAGUUUCAGUAUAUUUGUCUACUAGUAUUUGAUCUAUAGACUCAUAUGAUUAUAGACAUUCCAGAAGUUAAUCCUCUUAAAAUGUGAUUGCAUUAUACCUACAUAUUUCAAACUUUCUUUUAUUUUCCCUAAAAUAUUGAUUUCUUUUCUAACUAUGAGAAAACUUGUUCCAUUCCACUUUAUAAUUAUAUUCAUACUGCAUUUCAGAAGUUACAAAGUAUAAAAAUCAAAUGUAGUCAUGAUCAGUUCUCCAUGUGUUUGUCAUGAAUGCAUAUGGCCGAAAGCAGAAAUGCAGGUUUUAGCCUUUUAGGUACUUCAACAUAACCAAAUUGAAUCAGAUGUAUUAAGUUUUGUCAAUGUUUAUGACAUCAUCCAUAGCUUAUCAACAGGUUAUUCAAAGGCAAAUCUCAACAUCAAACAAUUGAGAUGAAGACUUUAACUUCAAAGUAAGGAGCAUUUUUUUGAAAAAUGGGUGAUCAUAUGAAAAAUGUAUGUGAAAAUCUAUUGUAUAUUUUAUAUUUUUUACUAAAAUUAAGUACACUUGUAGUUAGAAAAUUGAUUCAUUGACAUUAAUAUCAUUAGAAAAUGUUUAAAUGUUAUGUCAACAUAAGAAUAAGAUCUGAUCUUGAGAAUCCAUCAAUUUUGAGAAUUUCUUUUGCAAUGCAUCAGUAUUUCAUAACAUAAACAUUGUGCUCGCAUACUUCCACCAGGUUUAACAGUUUACUUGAAUAAACAUGUAAUUAGGGAGAUUAUAUAGAUCUUCUAGAGAUUGUUAAUAUUAUGUAUUUUUAAUUUUCUAUCAAAAAUUACUUUGAACUUUAGAAACUUAAGGCUAAGAUGAAAGCAUACAAGAUUAAAAAAAUAAAAACUAGUAUAGUGAUGGUAUUAACUCCUAUGCCUAAAUUUAUAGGCACAAAUUUACAUAUACCUAGUUUAACUUUUCAAUCAUUUAGAAAAAAUCAUAAGAAAAAAGCUACAAAAUGUAUAGCCUUCCAGAAUGUUUCUGGGUUCAUUGUAUCUAAUCUAAAUACAGACAAUGUAACAUAUUUUACAAUUUUCUUCUUGAUGUGUUGUCAAACAAAUAUAUAUUGCUAGUCAAAACUAGAAACUAAGAAACCUUAAUUGUAGUAACUUGGCCUGUAUGGUGGGACAAAUGAAGCAGAACCAGUUAUUCCUAGAAUGUUAGAAGAAAGUAGGGUAAUUUGCAAGUUAGCUCAUCAAUCUAAUUUUUCCAGUCACCUUGUUUUCACAUCAGUAAUCUAUAAAUGUAUGUAAUCCAGCAUGAGUAUACAUUUGAUACAUUCCAAAUUGAGUACACAUUCCAACUGCUAUUUUCUUUUAUUUCAUUGUAACAAAUCUUUGUACUGUUGAACAUAAUACAAAUGUAUUGUUAUAUUUGAUACAGAUUGAUAUUGGCUGAAUACUCCAGAUUAUAAAACUGAUAUUACAUGUGCCGACAGAACACAGAGCAUGACUGUAGCUGUGAGAUGAAACCUAGCAAUAGGCAGAGUCAUGUAGGAAGUUAACAAGCAGGGCUUUUUCUGGGGGCUUUUUGGGGCCCAUUCCCAAUUGAAAUUAUUUCAUAUUUAAGCCAAAUUCCCAAAAUUUGCAGUUUACUCCUGAAAAAAUCUUUCCCAAUUCACCAAUUUUCUUCCCAAAAUGAGACAAAAAUGCCCUUUUCCCAAACCAGUGAGGAAAAGCCCUGACAGGUAACUUACUAUAGCUGACAGAACACUGACUCCAUAAUAAUCAGUGAGAAGAAACCUAGCAAUAGCAGAGUCAUGUAGGCGGUAAACCAGUAUCUAACUAAAGCUGACAGAACACUGACUUCAUAAUAAUUAAUGAGAAGAAACCUAGCCAUAGGCAGAGUCAUGUAGGUGGUAAACCAGUAUCUAACCAAAGAUGACAGAACACUGACUCCAUAAUAAUCAGUGAGAAGAAACCUAGCAAUAGGCAGAGUCAUGUAGGUGGUAAACCAGUAUCUAACCAAAGAUGACAGAACACAGAAUAUAGUCAAUUCAAUAACACAAACCCUACUAAUUAAAGGCAGAAUCAUGUAGGCGGUAAACCAGUAACUUACUUUAUACUAUAUAACCAUUAACCAGGCGCAUAUAUAUCUAAUUGGCUGAUAACAUACCGUAUUGCUUCUAUGCUGUCCUUUAAUUUUUGAAAAAAAAAAGAACAUGACAUCUGAAUACAAACUUGCCCAGUCUUUUUUUUUUUGGAGAGAACUGCAAUUUCCACUUUAAUGAUGCAUAUAAAUAUCUAAUAUAUAUAAACAUAUAUUUAUUUUUGGCAAUUGGUGCACAUGGAAAGGCGGGGAGGGUGUGUGUGUGUUCAAUUCUGAUAGUAAUUUUGAGCUACCCAGUAAAGCUUAACUCUUUAAUUUGUUCACCCCGUAGUAAAAAAUGUCAGAUAUAGAAGUCCUUGUAUUACGUUAAUUUUAUCUGGAUUUUACAUAUUAUUAUAUCAUAUAUUGAACAUUAUUUAUUGUUACUGUCAUGCUUGUGACUAAAGUGACUUUAGAAUAAAUCACAUUUGUAAGGAGCGAUGAAAUAAGUUAGAAAAUAAUUUAUUGAGUUUGGUAUUUAUCAGAUAAGAUUUUUUUCUGAAGGAGAAAACCACACCAUAUAUGAGUUAACAUUAAGUGUUUGUAAAUUUCCAAUACUUUUAGACUUAUUGAUAUGUGAAUAGAUAGUCUGUGUAAUAUGAAGGGUACCAAAACACUUAAUAACAGCAUUCCAGUUUUUGUUGUUUGUUUGGGGUUUUUUUUCUGUUUGCUUGCUAUUUACUUACAUGCUAUAGUUGAAAAUGGGUCCAGGUAUUGUACAGAUAUUUUUAUUUUUUUGAUAAUAUCUAGUACAAACCAGUUAAAGCCAAAGCUUUAUGUUUUCAUCCACAAAGCUAAUAUCCAGUCCUAUCAUAAAGGUACAUACAUAUGCCAUAAAGUAUUUUGAGUAUUAAUAUUGUAUGACAUGAAUUUGGUGUGUACUUUCUUUCAUGGUUUGGAGCUUUCAAAUUAUUACAUGGAUAUGGAAUGUAGUGGUUAGCCCAUGUAACCAUGAUAUAAUAAUAACACAUACGACAAAAUUUGUUCCAUAGCAACCACGGAGAAAACAAAAGUUUAUACACAAUGAAAGUUUCAUGUUAUAAAGUAUUUCUUGAGAUGUGUGAGGUUUUUUAUCUGUUAAAAUUCUAUGUAAAAAAUGUGUUUAUUUACUUAAAUAUGUAUUAUUUAGCUAAGCAAUAAUUACAUUUACAAAGAUUAAAGAUAAUCAUUAUACAUGAAACAAACAAAAACAUGUUGAUUGAAUUUCAGAAAUGUGAAAAAAUCAUAUUUAGUAUAUUUUGUAAUUAAAACAAGCAUUACUUUGAGUUCACCAUAUUAAUACAAGAGUUGCUUCCCUUGUAUCCGCAGUUUCUGUUGAAGAUUUAUAAAGAAAAAGAUGUAACAAUUUUAAUGGCAUCAUUACUUUGUAACACAAGUGCUUAUUUACUUAUUCAAUCCUCUCUGUGAGAAUAUUAUAUAUUGGUUUUUGUUUUAACUAACCAGUGUGAUGAUGUUAUUAAUACAAGAGUUACUUCCCUUGUAUCACCAGUUUAUGGAGCGUUGUGCACGUCGGAAUAAAGAUUAUUUGGAAGUUUUAUAAAA